CCUGCGCAAUCGCAGCCCUAAACCCUUGUCGCCCUUCUCGUCCGCGUGGUUUCUUCGCCUCGGAGAAGAUCGAUCAAUGGCAGCGUCCGCGAUGCUUCGAGCUAUGAGGCGACGCGAUCUGUCAACGCCCCUCCUGUCCUCCCGCCUCGGAUCCUUAUUAUCAGGAAGCAAUGGCGUGGCGCUAGGUCACAAAUGGACUAACUUGGCUAGAACUUUCAGCUCAAAGCCUCUAGGCAAUGAUAUAAUUGGGAUUGAUUUGGGAACGACAAAUUCUUGUGUUGCGGUCAUGGAGGGAAAGAAUGCUAAAGUUAUUGAGAAUGCUGAAGGAGCCCGUACUACACCAUCAGUUGUAGCUUUUAAUCAAAAAGGUGAAUUGAUUGUUGGAACCCCAGCAAAACGUCAGGCAGUUACUAAUCCAACAAACACGGUUUUCGGUACCAAGCGACUGAUAGGCCGUCGUUUUGAUGAUCCUCAAACACAGAAAGAGAUGAAGAUGGUUCCUUUUAAGAUUGUUAAGGCACCUAAUGGGGAUGCAUGGGUAGAAGCCAACGGUCAGCAAUAUUCUCCUAGCCAGAUCGGUGCAUUUGUUUUGACAAAGAUGAAAGAAACUGCUGAAGCUUACCUCGGUAAAUCCAUUUCGAAGGCCGUGAUUACAGUACCUGCAUAUUUUAAUGAUGCUCAACGCCAGGCUACAAAGGAUGCUGGGAGAAUCGCUGGCUUAGAUGUGCAAAGAAUCAUUAAUGAACCAACCGCAGCUGCACUAGCUUACGGUUUGAACAACAAAGAAGGCUUGAUCGCUGUGUUUGAUCUUGGAGGUGGAACAUUUGAUGUUUCAAUUUUAGAAAUAUCAAAUGGUGUAUUUGAGGUCAAAGCUACAAAUGGCGACACCUUCUUGGGCGGUGAAGAUUUUGACAAUGCUCUUGUCGAAUUUUUGGUCGAUGAAUUCAAGAGAUCUGAAGCAAUAGAUCUUUCAAAAGACAGACUAGCUUUACAAAGACUUCGUGAAGCAGCAGAGAAGGCUAAGAUUGAACUAUCGUCGACUUCGCAGACUGAAAUCAACCUUCCAUUCAUAACUGCUGAUGCUUCUGGAGCAAAACAUAUGAAUAUCACUCUUACAAGAUCAAAGUUCGAGACCUUAGUAAAUCACUUAAUUGAGAGGACCAGGAGUCCCUGCACAAAUUGUCUCAAGGAUGCCAACAUAAGCAGCAAAGAAGUCGACGAGGUUCUUCUAGUUGGUGGAAUGACUCGAGUUCCGAGGGUUCAGGAAAUAGUUUCUGAGAUCUUCGGAAAGAGCCCUAGCAAGGGAGUGAAUCCAGACGAAGCUGUUGCAAUGGGAGCUGCUAUCCAAGGUGGUAUUCUUCGUGGAGAUGUUAAGGAACUUCUCUUGUUAGAUGUGACACCCUUAUCGCUCGGCAUCGAAACUCUCGGCGGUAUCUUUACAAGAUUGAUCAACAGAAAUACUACCAUCCCCACAAAGAAGAGCCAGGUGUUCUCUACGGCGGCUGACAAUCAAACCCAGGUUGGAGUCCGUGUGUUGCAAGGCGAGCGCGAAAUGGCUGCUGACAACAAGCUCUUGGGCGAGUUUGAGCUCAUCGGUAUUCCACCAGCACCUCGCGGCAUGCCACAAAUCGAGGUCACAUUUGACAUUGAUGCCAAUGGGAUCGUGACUGUCUUUGCAAAAGACAAAUCCACUGGAAAGGAGCAGCAGAUCACUAUCCGCUCGUCCGGCGGGCUCUCUGAGGAUGAGAUCGAGAAGAUGGUCAAGGAGGCCGAGUUGCACGCCCAAAAGGAUCAAGAGAGGAAAGCCUUGAUUGACAUCAAGAACAGUGCCGACACCACAAUCUACAGCAUCGAAAAGAGCCUGAAUGAGUUCAGGGACAAAAUCCCUGCUGAGGUUGCCAGUGAGAUCGAGUCAGCUGUUUCUGAUCUACGCAAAGAGAUGGCGGGGGACAACAUCGACAGCAUCAAGGCCAAGCUUGACGCAGCUAACAAGGCUGUUUCGAAGAUCGGGCAGCACAUGCAGGGAGGAAGCUCGGGUGGAUCAUCGUCUUCCGGAGGGUCUCAAGGUGAUCAAGCUCCAGAUGCAGAAUACGAAGAGGUGAAGAAGUAAGGUAAGGAUCAGCGUCAGUAAUCAGACUCUGAUUUUGGACUUGUACAUGAGGAUGAUCUUUAAGUAGUUGAUUUCUGAAAUAGGACUUUGCAUCGCUACUUGUUAUUGUCGGGUUUAUUUCUGGUUAUGGUUGGGAAGAGCAAAUUUAGUAUGCUCUGUUUUGACUGUGAAGAGGUUAUCUAGCAGUUGAUGUUACGUGUUACUUUUUUUAGUGAAUUUUCUAUCGAGUUAUUUAUACUUA